GCAUUCGAACUGUGAGAAAAGAACAAGUAGUAAUCGCUAUAACUAUUUUUUUCUUGACCAAAUAAUGCAUAGCGAAAAAGUAUCUCGAGCUCGUUUAUCAAAUUAAAAUAUUUAUCUCGUUUCGGUGAUUAACUAACUCGUUUUCAUAAGACUUCGCACAUAAUAUAAAUUAAUGCAAACUCAUAAUUUAAUCAGUGUUGUUUAAAUUUUUAUGGAAAUUGCAUUUUAAAUAUUCUUUGACUUGCUAUGACACUUUAAAUUGUCCUACUAUGGAACCUAGAUAGGCAACAAAUGACCAUGAGCUUUUUCUUUAAUUUUCAGGUAUGAUAUGUUAGCUAUGAAAAUGUUCUUGGAUAAAGAAAACUUGCAUAUUAAACUCGAGCUUAAUCAUAUAUAAAUUAUCCUAGUUUUCUUUAUCCAAGAACAUUUCAUAGCUAACAUAUCAUACCUGAAAAUUAAAGAAGAAGCUCAUGGUUGACAAUCGUGACCAUUCCCCUUUAAAUUAUUCAAAAUGUUUAACUUAUCAGAUAUUAAUAGAAGCUAAUUAAAAAUAAAAAAAAAAUUACAAGGAUUUUGCAUUGUAAGUGGCAUAAAAGAACCCUGAUGGUAACAUUGAAAAAUUGUGCAAGGUGUUCCGUGUAACUUCCGAAUGAUAAAAGAUGUAAACCAUUUUUUUUGGUUAAAGUUUUUGUUCGUGUGAAUUUCCAUGGGUGAAAAUAUAUAAAUUAAGUUGUCAAAUUCCUUUUGUCGAUUUCAAUAGUACUUUUCUGACAGGUACAUAAUUAUAUUGUAUGUGUGUUUUUGAAAACAUUAAUCUCGAAAAAAGUGGUCGAAACGUUACUUGGGACAGACUAUAACUCAUUGUGAUAAAUGUUUAUCAUAUUUUUGUCGAUGUAUUUCUAAUUACGAUAUCAUUAAGUCUUUCUACUUUCUAAUGACAAUUGACAAUUCUUAUCAACUGAAUACAGCUUAUAUGGAAAAAAGGGAUCUAAGUGAAGAACUGUAACAUGAAGAUCAUCACGUCACCGUCUUUAAAACUUCAUAAAUUCAUUUAUCACAGAACUCCACAUAAAAUUUAGAAAUAAAAUAUCGCAUACGAUACUUAAUUAUAUAUUUUAUCCUGUAGAUUGUUCUUUCUCUGACUGUUAAACGUUGAAUACUGAAGUCAAGUACUACAUUUCAGAUUCUUUAACUGUUAAUUUAGUGAUUUUUAUUGCAUAUUUUCAAACUCUCAAUUGAACUGACAAAAUGAAUAAAGUUUUGUUAUUUCAAUACAUCUUGUUAUAUAAUAUGUUUUCUGUUUCUAUAAAAAUUUCCUGACGUAAUAAAUCAUUUCUUAUGUUUAGAGUCGCUUUAUUUUAUUUUUUUCAUGUAAAAAGCAAAGACCUCUCUGAUUUUUGCACGUAUACCGUCUGAACACUAGAAAGUUUCGAUUUCAAAGUCGUGUAAAUUGAAAUCGUAAUAAUUUCCGUAUAUAUCCAUGUAUAAUCAAACAAUACUAGUAUACCUGGUAGAUUUCAAACUCGUUUUCCUUCCUCAUUUCUUUUGUUUCCACGUAUAAUCGGUGUAUUGUUGUUUUUUAAUUACACCCAGCAAGGAAAACCGAGAUCGAUGAUCAUCCCAUAUCGAAAGCUUGCGACAGAGAGCAGAAGACUCGCAUACUGCCGCAUCGUAUACGCUAAAGCAGCUUGCUCUUCGACAAAAUACUUCUUGCAUACAAUUUUGAAUAUUUUAUUCUCUUUCGUAUCUCGAAUGAAUUUUCUAAAAAUUCCGUUGGACAAAUUACGCCAGCAAGUCUGCUUUUCAGAGGCUUAUUGAAUUUUUACCUAUCUUGUAUCUCGGAUAAUUAUUUUAAAAUUCUGUUGGACUUAUAUAUAUAUAUAGACACGUGAUCAUUUUAUGACGAUCGUCCAUCACCAGUUUCUCAUCUUCAAAAUUUUGUUGGACUAUUUUAUAGUUACGUGAUCAUUUAACUAUGAUAGUCCAUCACUACGAGAAGGAGUUAAUUGCCCUUCCCUCUUACUACCUCCAUAAGAAACUGCUUCAGAUUGUGCCACCGAUCCUAAUCGCUAUCGGCACCACCGGUAAUGCGCUAUCUUUCCUGGUUAUGAAGAGACACGCCUCUCGAAUACCCAUGUACAAUUACCUUUGCGUAUUGUCAGUUCUGGAUUUACUAGUUUUGUACGUUGGAUUACUGAGACUUUGGGUAGCGCAACUGUGGGACGUGGACCCUAGAAAUGCGUCCAACUGGAUGUGUAAGCUCGUCGUGUUUCUGGGAUACGUGUGCAGUGACGCAUCUGUAUGGACCAUAGUAACGGUCACUGUUGAACGUUUCUUUGCCAUUUGCAAACCGUUUUAUCUUCGGUCUGUAUUCACCUCAAAGAGAUUCACAAAACUCUGGUUAUUUGCGCCGAUUAUCGUAUUUUCUGCCGUAAAUUGCCAUUUCUUUUUCACGGUGGAGUUGCGUACCGUUCAUAACGUGAGCUUAUGUUACUCGGUGGAUUCGUACGAUUUUCUGGUGCACAAGACUUGGCCCUGGAUAGACGCCGCUUUGUAUUCGUUCGUGCCCACAAUAAUCAUUUCUGUUCUCAAUGCCAAAAUAGUUCUGCAAUUCAUCAGAGCCAAGAAGAGAAGAAAACUGCUGAAAAUUCACGAACACAUUUCAGACGACAGCACAAAGCGCAGAAACAAUGGGAAAACAAGCAAUCGAAAAUUUACCGUCAUGAUGCUAAUGGUAUCAAUGAGUUUCCUUGUGACCACGCUGCCUAAUAAUACAGUUCUGAUAAUCACGGCGGUGUGGAAUGACUACGGUACAAGUGCCGAAAACAUUGCCUUGUUCACUUUAAUCAAGACCGUUACAGAACUCCUGAUGUACACCAACCAUGCGAUCAACUUUUUCUUGUAUUGUGCCUCUGGUAGGAAGUUUCGGACCCAAUUAGUUGACAUGUGCCCAGGAUCUAAAAUGAGCGUUCGCUAUGAUAGUGACAAUACUCUUCUGAAUGUGUACGGAAGUGUGAAAAGUACGCGGAAUUAUGGGAUUGAAAUGAAAGAGGCCAGAUUGUAACCUUAUAUCUUUUUUUGAAAUACGAAAUUAUUUCUUAGACUGUCAUUGUAUAUUUAUUUUUAUACCAAGUACGUAACAAACAUAUUGUAUUGAGUUAGCGAGCAAAUUUAAAUUAAUAUUAAACAUAUUAGAGUUACGUUUACAAACUGUUAUGAUAAUAACUACAGGUAUUCCCUCUUUUUUUAUUUUAUCUUCUUAUUUUAUGAUGCAAAACUCAAAGUCAUUUUUCAUUAAAAAAAAAAUACGUAAUUAUCGUUAAUACUGUUAUGGCGGACUCUAGUCACUCUAUGUCACAAGAAAAUUAAACAAAAAGGUGUACAAAUGGGGAUGAUAAUGAAAAGAAGAUACAUGAAAUAUGAAUUAAUCGGACAGAGAGAUGGACUUUUUAAAAUUUCAUCUACAUCAUAUGAUAUACAAGGUAUUGUUUUAAAAAGUUACUUGCAAUAGUAUUGGACUGAAUCCAUUUUAUUCUGAUAUAUAUUAAACUUAUUUUCGUUAGACGAGAA